AUGGAAUGUCGAGCAUAUACUAACGUUCUUGAUAACUUCAAUCCAUGUAAAGAUUUUGUUGACAUUGAAACAGAAGCAUAUUUAGUCGCAGCUACCAUGACACAUUUCAACAUGAAAUCACUGGAACAAAAGAUCAUUCCUGAUUGCAAAAGAGCAGCUUCCAAGAAAGUCCAGCAAAGUUGGCUUCACAAUGAAGUCAAAACCAUCCUAGAGAAAAAUGUCAUGAAAAAACAAACAGAGGAAUAUGAGAAAAUGGUGGAAACAGUCAAAGAGCUAAAUCAGCCAAAGCAGCGUCCCGUUUAUCCAUGCAGUGAAUGUGGAAUCACCUAUGUGUAUAAGAAGGCUCGAGACAAUCACCUAAAGUCAAAACAUAAUGUUGAUAUUACUGAAGAUAAACCAACUACUCCAACUGAUCCCCCCAAAAAAGAGAAGCAAGAUUACAUCUACAACUAUGCGUGUGUGCGUCUAAGUCUUGGUAUGCUGAUUCAUAAUUUCAACGAUGCAGUUAAGGAAGGAGAUGGAGCGAGAAUUGUGAGGUGCUGGAAGUACAUGCUGCUACUCUUUAAAGCACAUGGCCACACUAAGUAUGCACUGGCGUCAUUACAACUUUUAGCAAACAUCAAAGCCAUGUUAUCCCCUCAGAAGUCACAUAGUCUGAUUUGGAAUAGGACGGUGAACAAGAAUGGGGGAGCUGGAAAUAAUAUAUCCCUUGAUCUACGUAURGAGCAUAUUGUGCAMCUGACAAAAGAAAUGCUUGGAAAUCUUGGUGCAAAUCUACACCCACCAGCUGCAUUAAGAUGUAGCAGAGCAAUCAAGCCAAUUGAAGAUUUGCUGUCUUCAAUUGACUCUGAUCUCUAUAUAAGAGGCCCCUCAGGAAAACACACAGUUUCAAGAUCAGAAGCAGAUUUCCUGGCCAUGGUUGACGAGCUUCACAAGAAAGCUAAAGUUUUUGAUGAACAUUAUGUGGAGGGCAGAGAACACACAUCUUUUCCCAAAUUCCAAAGAAGCCCACUCAUAAGUUUAGAUUAUGCUAAGCUAAAUGCAUGGAUCAACCACCACAAAAAACUGUGGUCGAAAAGGGGUUUUUAAUCAAAUCAAAAACAUUUUUCUCUUCAUAUUUGACAGUGUUACAGUUGAAAACUAAUCAACAUUACAUGCAACAAAUGAACUCAUUAGGGGUAAAGAGGGCUAGCCAGUUAUAAAUUUGAUAUACUGUAAUCUUUGUUCUUUGUAUUGAGCAAUUUCYUAAGUAGUGUGAAGACACAUUGACAAAAAAAGUAUAGUAUGCUAUUCAUAUAUUUUGAAUGAAGAACCUUUUUUGAAUGCACAAUUUCACUGGUGAGCCCUUUUGCAUGAAUCCCCAUCUUGCUUAUAUUGCCUUUUGSUCUUCAAAGCAAGACUAAUGUAUUUAUAAGUUUUACAGAGUUCUUAGGAGGUACUGACAUAACAACUUGGAGUUUAAUCAGAAAUUUGUGCCCUUAGGAAAAAAUGUAUCUGUAUCAUAAAUAGAGA